AUGGCGACACAACAACCGCCCUCGGCGCAACCGUCCCCCUCACAGUCCUCCGAGACACCAACAAACAACACAACAGCGCCCAAGACCGAGACCCCACCAUGGCUACACAACAGCGCGAUCGGUGUCGCGAUUCUCGGCCCAAUAGCCCUUCUGAUGCCCCCAAGGCGGGUCGGCCUGCAGGCAUUGCUCCUAUCUGGCGGCACUUUCUGGGCAACCAACGUGCUGGCGUACGAUUGGACGGGCGAGUCGAUGACGCAGCGCUUCGACCGGCGCUGGCAGACCGUAUUCACAAAUGGGUUGCCUGAGAAGGCGAAGCGGAACCAAGAGCUCAUGCGCCUGGAGAGAGAGAGGAGAGAGGCCCUGCUGCCCGAGGCGGAGCGCAAGGCGCUACAGGAGGCGAGGGAGAAGAAAGAGAUUGCAUCCCGGGGAAUCGUGUCGAGGUUAUGGAUGGGAGAUGAGAAGGACGAUUGGAGGAAAGAGAGGGCCAGGAAGGAGAAAGAGACGCUGGAGAACGGAGAGGGCUACGGGACGCUCAUUAUGGACCAGGUCAGGGAGGUCUUUAGCGGUUCCAAGAAGGCAGAGGGGGAGGAGGGCAAAGAAGGCAAGUCUGAGAAGGACGACAGCAAGAAAUAG